GUUGUCAGCGGGUCAGUGCAUGCAGAUGGCAGGUCAGUUGGGAAACGCGGAGAGAGCGGUGAGCGAGGAGGAUGGAGAGGUGUGGAUUACUCCGAACUGCUCGGGAAACAGGGAAUGCGGGCAAACGGGUAAAAGCCAGGACGGAGAGGUAGAAAGAGAGGACAGCCACAAUGGAGCGUUCAAUAUUUACCGCAACACUUUGGAACAAACGGAACAUGAGGUCUGCUUAUUUGUGAAGGCCGGAGGUGAUGGGGAAAGCAUUGGAAACUGUCCGUUCUCGCAGCGGCUCUUUAUGAUCCUUUGGCUAAAAGGCGUGAUAUUUAAUGUCACAACAGUUGACCUAAAGAGAAAGCCUGCUGAUUUGCAAAAUUUGGCACCGGGCACAAACCCUCCAUUUCUGACCUUCAAUGGAGAAGUCAAAACAGAUGUUAACAAGAUCGAAGAAUUUCUGGAAGACAAACUGGUACCACCAAGGUAUCCAAAGCUUUCUGCCAGAUAUCCAGAAUCGAACUCUGCAGGAAAUGAUGUGUUUGCCAAGUUCUCAGCAUACAUUAAAAAUGCCCAGAAAGAUGCAAAUGAAAGUUUGGAAAAGGCUUUAUUGAAAGCUCUGAAAAAAUUAGAUGAUUAUUUAAACACACCUUUACCUGAAGAAAUUGAUGCCAGUAGCACAGAGGAAGAUAUUUGCUCAAAAAGAAAAUACCUAGAUGGAGAUUACUUGACUUUAGCAGAUUGCAAUCUCCUGCCAAAGCUUCACAUUAUCAAGAUUGUAGCACUGAAAUACCGAAAUUUUGAAAUCCCAAAGGAAAUGACUGGAAUUUGGAGAUACUUGAACAAUGCUUAUGAAAGAGAGGAGUUUGUAAACACGUGCCCUGCUAAUCGUGAGAUUCAGAUUGCAUAUUUAGACGUUGCAAAGAGAAUGAAAUAAGUCCAUUACUGCAGCUCAGAAUGUACAUAUGAAUGCAUCAGAAUGCAGUUUGUUGCUACAUAAUCAAUUAAAGUUCUUUAGUUUCUAAAAUGUUGAACAGUGCUGCACCAUUUUACCCAUUAUAUUUAAAAGAUGAUUAAAGAUGGCCAACAUGCAACAAUAUCGCCUAAUACUAAUGUCUGUUUGAUCAUUUAAUUGAAAAGGGAAACAGUUAAGAGAGAUGUAAUACUGGCAGAAAUACGAGUGAGAAUUUGGAAUAUGUAGCAUUACCCUAAUCAAAAUAUAUCGGAGAAAACUUAGCAUCUUAGGAACAGGACUGGGCUGUCUAACCCCUCAUUCCAUUAUUGAAUGAAAACAUAGCUGAUCAAUGACCUAAUUAACAAAAAGUCUUGCUUUAAAAUUAAACAUUAAUCCUGUCCAGAUGCAUGUAGCCCAUCAGUUCCCUGGAGCUACUCUGCCAUUCAAUAAAAUCAUGACUGAUCAUCUACGUCGGUUAUGCCUUCCCAGACAAUGCACAUAUCCUCUGAUUCCCUGACUUCUAAAACUCUGUCAAUCUCUGAUUUGCAUAUGUUAAAUUUUGAAUAUACACAGAUCUCUGCACCAGGGAAUUCUGGUGGCAAUGUCUUGGGAGCACAAAGUGUCACAGUGGCAGGCACCGUUGACUGUAGCAAAAGACAUUUAUCACAAAACAAGUGACUUAUUCAUGUUUGAUGAGUGAGCAGUUCAUAAUACUCGGGGUUAGCAGGGAGUUUAUGAUUGAUAGAUUGAAGACAAUUCUAAUUGAAGACUGCAGAUCGGCAGUGAAAUCUGACAUUGCCUUCAACUCGUGUUCAAAAAUGACCUUCUGAAACACAUGACACUUUGAUUGUGGGUAGUUUAUUUGUUCCAUGUUUUUCAAAGGACUAAUUAAAGUCUUGUAUCACUCAGCAAUCAGGAAGAUAAUCCUCAAUGUCGACCAGCAGGCCCAACCAUGGCAUUAUUAAAUCGAUAGAUUUUUUUCAAAGUAAAGAUCAUCGCUCACUGUAUAUGCUCAUUGGUAAAUAUAAUGCUUGCCAAAGAAGGUCUAUUAUUUCAUAUCCAUUGCAUAUCAAGCUGUAUGGAACUAAUGCAAAACAUAUAUUGUCCUCCUAUGCCAAAAUCAACAAAAUGCAGACAUCCCCAUUCUCAAACAAAUCAAACAUGUGCAGCUCUUCUCACAAUGAAGGAAGCGUGGAGGCAGAGUCCUGGAAAUAAAUGAUUAUGUAUUACAGUUGCGGCUGAUGAUAGCUCUGACCCCCUAAUCACUCCUCUACCAUCACAGCAGACUAAACAGACACGUAAUCAACAGCUCAUUGAAAUAAAAGAGAAUAGUUAUAAACAGUAGUCUAUUGUAGGCCCCAGACCAAGCCUGCAAAAUGGAAUGUUUUGUAUUUAGGUAACAUUAUGGAACAGAAAGAAUUCAUUGUAUCCAUGAUAGUAGGAAUUGCCGAUGCUGAAGAAUCUGAGAUAACAAGGUAUAGAGCUGGAUGAAUGCAGAAGAAGGGUCCAGACCCGAAACGUCAGCUUUCCUGCUCUUCUGAUGCUGCUUGGCCUGCUGUGUUCAUCCAGCUCUACACCUUGUUAUCUCAUUAUGUCCCUGCUACCCAGCCUAAUCCCACUUUCUUGACCUUGAUCCAUAGCAGUUGCAAUCUGUGGAAGAUAAGAGGAUAUACCAAUCAAUGGUAGAUCAGUAAUGGCUGGGAAUUAGGUGCCUAAGGAAUUGGUUCAUGGUCCAAUACCAUCAGAGAUUAUAGUUUGCUAUUGGACAGAUUAAGAAUGAUGGAAGUGCUAUUACCUUUUACCUGUAUAUCUGAAGUAGACAGUGCAUGUAUUUGAUUUAGUUUACCUUAAAGUAACUUAUAUUUAUGUUCCCAUCAAAAUGAUAACAUGCUAAGUGAUAAGUUGAAUGUUGAAUAAGUUUUUUUUCUUUCAUCACUUUGGUAUUUGCAUUUCAUUGUUGUUUCUCACAGUGAAGUUCACCAUGAAUGUGUUUAAUUCUGAUUCUUCUCUCCCCUCUGUAAUCUUCCCAAAUUUCUAUAUCCUGCACAAACUGUGAGAUUCUACUGGAUGAGUGAAUACAUUGCUAAUAGAUUACCUGCAAAGAUGGCAUAAUGGCCUGUACUGUAGAUGUUUUGGUUGGUUUGCUUUACUGUGGCAUCUGUUGUCACUUGUAUGAUGAGUUACAAUGGUUCAGAACAGGCAUUGACCUGAGUCGCUCUUGAUAGUCCAUACAUGCACCUUUCAGAAAGCAUUCCUUAUGCAACUCAUCUUUACACAAGACCAAAAAAAUGAACAUGAACAUGAACAAGAAGGGUAUGUCUAACCUAACCUGCCUGGUAGAAACUGAUUUUCGAUCAGGUGCCAGUGUUGUACUGUACCUGGGUUUUACUAAUUGCAGACUUGGAUUGGCACAAUCCAAUUACUAUUCGUCACACUUUUCCCAAGCCAAUGAUAUCCUUCCUAUAAUUGUGUAAUGUUAAGAACGCCACCUAGUACUACAAGGAAGGGUGGCAUUUAAAAUUGCAUUUUGCAAAUUGAAUUUUGCUUCCCUGCCUAUUUUAUAUUCAAUGUCCUGCGACACACUCUGUGUGACUUACAUGAUGUAGAUAUCAUUUAUUUUUGAUUUUUUAACUUGCAGCACAUUGGGUUUGCUGUGUAUCUGCAGGGAUUUGAUUAUUAAGCAUUUCUUUAUGCACUUAACUUUCCGCAUUUCAUUUUUGUUGGCAUAGGGAGUGAACAAAAUACGCAAUAUAUCACAUGGACUGCAACAGUUCAAGAAGAUCACCAUCACCUUCUCAAGGGCAACAAGGCCUGGGCAAUAAAUGUUGGCCACCCAGCAACACCCAUGUCCCAUGAGUGAAUAAAAAUGGCUUGCUGAUGGGACAUUUGAGUCUUUUUGUAAGCAUUGGGAUAUAACCAUAACAUAGAGAGAAGCCAUUCAGUUUUAUUUUUCAUUGAUGUGGCCUUCUGAAGUCCUGGUGUAAGAUGGAUGUGUAAGUUGCUUGCUUCUGAGAAACACAGGAUUAAAUUUGCUUUGUUAGAAAAUAGAUUAGCUCAGUUUAGGUAAUAGACCCAGACCAGUUGUGUUGAGGUAAAACUCCGAGGGGUUAUUUGAAGCUGACAAGAUUUAAACUCAGUUGCAUGAAGGCUUCAGGGAGACCCUAUCAGAUUCUUCAUGGGGGUUGAAGUCACAACUAAAUUAAGAGGCAAUGAAAAAUGAAAUUCUCUCUGGUGUGAGUACUGUAAAGGUUAUAUUUUUCAAUUUACAAAAGAUUGUUUCAAGGAUUUGUAAAGGUGAGUUUUUGGGAUUAAUGGAAAGAUCUUUUUUACCAUGUGUUUCAAAAUAUUUAAAUGUGUGUAUAAAUAGCUUGGUCUAUUCUAUUUUAUCUU